CCCCCAUCGCCCGGCCCGCCCGGCUCCAGAUGCGCCUUUGAUCUCCCGGUCAGCGCGGGCCGCGCGUUCGAGACCCGUCCGAGGCCGGCGGCGGGCAGUAAUGCUGCUGAGGCGCAGGUGUGGCAUUGGCCAGGCUGCCCCAGAGGUGGGACUGGUCUCUCCACAGUACAGACCUCUCCUUUGCUGCCAUGAGUGGGAAGUCACUGCUGCUGAAGGUGAUCCUCCUGGGCGAUGGCGGCGUUGGGAAGAGCUCCCUCAUGAACCGCUACGUCACCAACAAGUUUGACUCGCAGGCCUUCCACACCAUUGGGGUUGAGUUCCUCAACCGGGACCUGGAGGUGGAUGGGCGCUUCGUGACGCUCCAGAUCUGGGACACAGCUGGGCAGGAGCGCUUCAAGAGCCUGAGGACCCCUUUCUACCGGGGGGCUGACUGCUGUCUGCUGACCUUCAGUGUGGAUGACCGGCAGAGCUUCGACAACCUGGGCCACUGGCAGAAGGAAUUCAUCUGUUAUGCCAACGUGAAGGACCCUGACCACUUCCCCUUUGUGGUUCUGGGCAACAAGGUGGACAAGCUGGAGAGGCAAGUGACCUCCGAAGAGGCCCAGGCCUGGUGCAUGGAGCAUGGCAACUACCCCUACCUAGAGACAAGUGCCAAGGACGACACCAACGUGGCUGUGGCCUUUGAGGAAGCUGUGCGGCAGGUGCUGGCCAUGGAGGAGCAGCUGGAGCACUGUGUGCUGGGCCAUGCGGUUGACCUGCAUACCAGCAGCAAGGCAGGCUCUUCCUGCUGCUGAGAGAAGCCAAGGGGGAGGGGAGGGGAAGGGCGCAUCCUGGAACAGUACAUGCCAGGUGUGGGGGCCCUCAGGCUGCAGUCAGAGUGGGGGGGGGCAGAGGGCUUUGAGAAGAGGACAGCUGGAAGGUCUUGUUCCUGCAUCAUUGCAUACCUAACCCACUGAGCAGUGUCCAGAUCAAGGGAUGUAAUAGUUCCACUCUAUUCUGCCUCUGUCAGACCACACCUGGAGUCCUGUAUCCAGUUCUGGGCACCACAAUUUAAGGAGGAUAUUGGCAAGCUGGAAUGUGUGUAGGGGAGGGCAACCAAGAUGAUCAAGGGUCUGGAAACCAAGCCUUAUGAGGAACGGUUGAGGGAACUGGGUAUGUUUAGCCUGGAUAAGAGGAGACUGAGAGGAGAUAUGAUAACCAUCUUCAAACAUCCCAAGGGCUGACACAUGUAAGAUGGAGCAAGCUUGCUUUUUCUAGCUCCUGCAAGCAGGACUCAAACCAUUGGUUUCAAGUUACAAGAAAGGAGAUUCUGACUAAACAUCAGGAAGGACUUCCUGACAGUAAGAGCUGUUCAAUAGUGGAACGGUCUCCCUCAGGAGGUUGUGGAUUCUCCUUCCUUGUAUGUGUUUUAAGCAGAGAUUGGCUGUCUGUCUGUCACGGGUGCUUUAUUUGAGAUUCUUGCAUUGUAGGGGGUUGGGCUAGAUGAACCAUGGGGUCCCUUCCAGCUCUAUGGUUCUAUGAGCAAAAAGCCUUGUUUAGAGGAAAGUAGGCACCCAUACUUCUCUGUCUGUCCCGAUAUUGGCUCUCCCUGGUUCUCAGGCCAGGAUGGGGCCAUUGCUACCUGGAACCUGCUUAAUUGGAGAUGCCGCUGCCAGACGUUUUGCCCUGCAGAGUUCUGCUUGCAAAGCAGCUGCAGCCUCAUUUCAGCACUUUGUUGCUGGGGCUUCCAGGGAGAGUGAAGGAUUGCAGCAAAAGUUGCAAGGUGUCCACAGUAAGCUGGGAAAUGCAGCUAUUGGCUUCUUGCUGCCCUUUCUGGAUAUAGCUGCCAAAGUGGUGGGGCUGAGAAGAGAGUAGGAAGUUUACUGAGCAGGAACCCUCCCUGACCUUGAUUGGGAGGAGGCUGCAAAGGUUUGGGGGACGGAGGGGGGAGACAUGCUGGAGGUCUGCGAGGGGAAUCUCAUGGGCUGGAAUCCGUGCCUGGGAGGGGCGACACUCAGUUGUGAGUACGGUCGCCUGCUCGUUGCUUGGCAGUGCAGCAAAGUGAGUGUUAGCAGGGAGUUGCUUGCAGACAGAACUGUCCAGCCUGCACAAACAGGGAUUCUUGUCUCCCCAUGAGAACCCAUUGCUUUUGCUCUCCAUCCUGUUGUGGGAAGUAGCACUGUGUCUCACCCUCCCCGAGACAUCUGUGACAGAAGCUCACUUGCACCAAGCCACGCCCAAGUGGCCACGCUGCAGUCACGUGAAGAGGAAGAAGGCCCAAGGGGGACUGUGUGCAGCUGCAGGUGCAAAUGCAAAUGCUGCAGCCUCGCUUGAUUGCUCUGUUGCUCCCAGAUGUAGAGGCGCCUCUUCCAAUCUCUUGCUGCGGCUGCGCCAUGUGUCUAGCCUAGGUGUUGUGACUGCAUUAGGGUUGCCAUAUUUCAAAAAAGUAAAAACCAGGACACCCUGAAA